AUGCCUUCAAAUCCUUUAGAUAGAUUGGCAGCUUAUUUCAAGCCUUGUACAAGACCAUUUGUACAAGAAGAUUAUAAUAACUUGGAAGAUACUUUUGCUGAAUUACAAAAGAAACAACACAAUCCUUUAGAUAAUUUGAGUGCGUUUUUCAAACCGAUCACAAAGAAAUUUGAGGAAUCCGAUUAUUAUAACGACGAAC